AUGGCGAGGCGACGCUGCCACCCGCACGCGCUGCUGCUGCUGCUCCUGGCGGCCGCCCUGACCGGGGCGCCGCCCGGCGGCCUCUACUCGCCCGGCGACCCGCUGGUGCUGCUGCAGGUGGACACGCUGGAGAGCAGCGUCCUCAACUCCAGCAGCGCCUGGCUGGUGGAGUUCUACGCCUCCUGGUGCGGCCACUGCGUCCACUUCGCGUCCACCUGGCGGGCGCUGGCCGCCGACAUCCAGGAAUGGAGCCCCGCGGUGAACGUUGGCGUCGUCGACUGUGCAGACAUAGCCAAUCAGAAAACGUGCGGGAAGUUUGGGAUAACUGGGUUCCCUACGUUGAAGUUUUUCAAGGCCUUCUCCAAGAGCCCUGAGGACGGGACGAAGAUAUUCCAUCCUGGGGACAGCAUUCAGAACCUGAGGCAGAGCAUCAUCACCAACCUGGAGAUGCACAAGGAGACGUGGCCACCUGCCUGUCCACCACUGGAACCAGCCAGCGUGGAGGAGAUCCGUGGGUUCUUUCAAACAAACAAUGUCACGUACCUGGCGCUGAUCUUCGAGACUAACGACUCCUUUCUGGGCAGAGAGGUGACGCUGGACAUGCUGCAGUACGAGAACGUCGCUGUCCGGAGAGUGCUGAGCAGCGAGGAGGAGCUAGUGAAGAAGUAUGGUGUGACUGCCUUCCCUUCCAGCUUCCUGCUCAUCAACAACGGGACCUUCAGCCGCAUCCCUGUGCAAAUGGAGGCGCGAUCCUUCUACACCCACUUCCUGCGGAGGCUGCCUGGGGUCACGCGAGGCCCCUACACGCCGACCAGGGCACCAGACACGCCGAUCAAGACGACCCCCACCCCGCGGAAGCCUGCAGACCGCUCAAAGGUGUACAUGGCUGACCUGGAAUCCGCGCUGCACUAUGCCCUGCGGGUAGAGGUGGCCCGGUUCUCUGUCCUAACGGGAGAGCGGGUGAGGGCCCUGAAGGACUUUGUGGCAGUGCUGGCUAAGUAUUUUCCUGGCCGCCCCUUUGUCCAGAACUUCCUGCGCUCUGUGGACAGGUGGCUGAGGAACGUGAGAGGAUCAAGGAUUCCCUACAGUGCCUUGAAGCUGGUCUUGACCAACAGAAAAGAGGUGGGUCCCCCGGCGGUGCUGUCGAACAACGUGACGUGGGUGGGUUGCCAAGGAAGCGAACCUCAUUUCCGAGGCUACCCCUGCUCCCUCUGGACCCUCUUCCACCUCCUGACAGUGCAGGCGACUAGACACCGCAGGCUGGGCACAGACCCGCUUGAGGUCCUUGGCGCUAUGCGCGGCUACGUCCAGUCCUUCUUUGGCUGCCGGGAGUGCGCACAGCACUUUGAGGGCAUGGCAGCGGAGUCCAUGGACAAAGUGAGAAGCGUGGACGAGGCAGCCCUCUGGCUUUGGUCAAGACACAACCGGGUCAACGCUCGGCUGGCAGGUACCGAGACAGAGGACCCCCAAUUCCCCAAGCUGCAGUGGCCUCCCCCGGAACUGUGCCAUCCGUGUCACAGUGUGGUCAAAAGGCGCCAAGUGUGGGACGAGGCAGCCGUGCUGCAGUUCCUCAAGGCCUACUUUUCCCCGAUCAACAUCUUCUUAAAUUACACGGAGCCCGAGAUGGCUCUGGUGGUCAGGCGCAGCCGGGAGGCAAAGGAGGGAGCUGGAGAGUGGGCCAUGGGGGUGGGAAUGGAGGUGGGUGGCUCGGAGAGACGAGGCUUCUCGGGGCCACGGAAGCCAAGCAUCGUCCGGAUGAACCCCAAGAUGCAAGAGCUGGAGGAGGACAUUGUGGACCUGGACUCCUUCAGCGAGCUGCACUACAAGAGCAAAGCCCUGAAGGCUGCUGCCGUGGCGGCCAACAAGGGGCGGCAGCUGAGCAAGAGGGACACCAUCCCACUGCUGCUGGCGGACGACAGCCACCAGGCCUUUGACUAUGCUGCGGCCUGGGAGCGCCUGAGGCGGCGGGGGCUGGGCUCCAAGCAGCUCAUCGGGGCCCUGGAGGAGGACGAAGGGGACACCCUGAGGAGGAGCCAUUGGUUCCGCAUGCUGGGAGUGGGCUUCUCCCGUCUGGACGUCAGCCUGUGCAUCAUCCUGUACUUCCUCUCCUCCAUGUGCCUGCUGGGCAUGUACACCUUCUUCCGCAUGCGCACGAGGCACCGCAAGGGCCGCCCCAGCUUCCCCACGGCAUGA